AUGAACCGUGCCUCCGCGGCAGACAUACCGCAGGAGCUAUUCCCUCUAAUCAUCUCGUACGCUCUGGAUGAGUGUUUCCUUGUUGAAAAUUUCUUCGUUCGCUCCGUGGAAAGACAUAUCAUAGGCCAAUUUUCCCUGGUAUGCUCUUACUGGGGCAAAAACUGCCGGCCUUGUUUAUUCGCCGGGUCAACGGUCACAAUCAAGGGAUGCGAGGAUGUGCUCGCGCUGUCUCGCUUGUUGCAACCUCCGGUGCAGGUCAAGCCCCCUUUCCGAAAAUGUCUUGAAUCAGCCACUUUCGUCUUAAGCACUACCGUCUUGCCCUGGAUCGAGAUGGCAUCCUGCGUACGCUCCCUCUCCAACUUGGAAUUCUCCCUGAUUCAAUGCACACUCGAACAAGUCGGGAAUAUUCGGACCGCAUGUAAUUCCAGGACCCUACAAGAUCAUGCACCGGGUUCGUGGUCUCAUGGUCUACCCCGUACGGUGCCGAGCACCACGCUGCGGAUGUUCUCGGUACACCUUCACGGCCUACGUUUCGCAAAAAUGUCCAAUCUAUGCGGCCUCUUCGACUUGCCCGCGUCACUGCGAGUAAUACGCUGCAGGAAGCUUGAAAUCGUGAACAUGGCCCUGUCUUUCCCGAGUCGCGUCCGGAUACCCAGAUCGGGCACUCUUGACGUCGAGGUAUCGCAAUGCGGCUCCACAGAGAGCAACACAGCUAUCCUACUUUCGAGUGCAGCAUUCAACCAACGCCUCGCUACUCCCGCGUACAACCUCGGCUGGGACACUUGGAUGGCAAUCCACAAGGCGGUACAGUCGAUGAUGUACUGUAACGGCACGGACCCUGAUGCAUAUCUCGACUGCAGACUCCUGAGCAAUGUUGAGCCGAAUAACGACCGUGUGUCAAUGUGCGUCAAAUUCCUUAGGAUGCAGCAGGAAUGGUUGGACGCACUCUCCCGAUCCACAAACGUUACGCACCAGCUGACCUUGAUGUGGGGCUAUACGCCGAAUAAGCUCUUUCUCCGCACCCCAGCUACACGCACAAUUACAAACAUCCGCGUCAGAUUCUUCGAGGCCGUGGUGUCAGAGGCCGUCCUAGCCGUGUACACAUGCAGCAUUGAAGACCUCAUCCUCGCCGUUGGGCCCUCUACUCCGACCAUAAUCGACAUCGACGAGAACGUAAGCACUUUCUCGUGGUUUGUGGAGCACGUCUUGAGCUCGGAGGAGACGCCAUUGCGGCUCCUGCACAACAAAGCGAAGCUCAAGCUGACUCUCUCUUAUCGCACAGCGCUCGGGCCCUGGUCCACUUCCGAGCUCGCUCUUCGUGACGUUGCCCUCCAGCCUCCCCAGCGCACUGUAGGAGACGACGUUGUGACACUGGACCCCCGCAGCCGCUUAGAGCUCUGCCUCUGCACACUAGACCUAGACCUUGAGGCGGAGAGUGCCGCCAAAACCGCAUACCUGAGAUGGGUCUUAGCUGGGUCUCGAGAGGCAGGAGCCUUCAUUGGAAGGACGAGGAAGCAGAGGGAGGAAUUGUUCUCGACGUUCUUACGAUGCGCCGAGUACAGGGCAAUCAGAGCGUCGUCGACAACGCGCGAUGGCGCAUAUGAGUAUUUCGUCUUGCGGGAAAACUAUGACGAUGAAGAGAUGCACAAGUGA